AUGGAGAUGGACUCAAAGGAGCAGGAGGCAUGUGACAGUCUCAAGGGAGCAAUCACCAAUGCCCCUGUACUGGCUAAUGCAGAUCCUAGUAAACCCUACUUCUUAGAAACCAACACAUCUGGUGCUGCUUUGGGAUCCAUUCUUAGCCAAUGCCAAGAGGACAGACAACUACACCCCCUGGGUUUCCUAUCAGAAUCCUUCAAAGGCACAGAACAAAACUACAAUACUCACAACAAGGAACUACUAGCAAUCAUCUGUUCUUUUGAGUAUUGGCACAUAUUCUUGGAAGGAAUCUUGCAUGUUCAUUGCUGCCAUGCACAAUGGCACCUUCUGUUAGCCAGAUACAAUUUCCACAUUGUAUACCAACCAGGAAAACAGUCUGGUAAACCAGAUGCACUCUCCUGCUGCUCCAAUCCAGCUGAUAUUCCCUGUGCCACUCAAACAAUGCUCCCAGACCCUCCUAGACCAAGACAAAUCCCUGGAGGAAAUCCUUACAUUCCUUCAGAACAAGUCAAGGCACCCCUGUCCAUCAAACAAGCAUUUAAGGACUACCAAAUGGAGGCUGGCUUACUCUUCUACCAAGGACACAUCAUGGUCCUGGAUGUUGGCACCUUACAAACAGACUUGUUGAGGGUUCUCCAUGACAACCCAUUGGUGGGACACCCAGAAUGGCAAUGCACCCUAGAACUGGUUUCAUGGAAUUAUUACUGGCCAGGGAUACAAGUAGACACCUACUGGCAUGUGGAUUCCUGUGAAACUUGCCAACAAAUUUGGAAACCAAAGUAUGCUCCAAUUCCUCCUCUACCACUCAAGCUGGCACUGUGCCCCUGGCAACAUGUGUCCUACAACAUGAUUGUAGACCUACCUAAGGACAGCAACUGUGAUUCCAUCUUGGUCAUUGUGGAUAGCUUCAACAAAUAUGUCAUUUUGGUGGAAUGCUUGAAAAAGCUCAAAGCUCUGGAAUUGACAGACCUGUUCCUAUGCCACAUAUGGAAGAGGCAAGGUGUCCUAGAUGUCUGUUAG